CCGGCGGCGGCCACUUAUAAACUUCUGGGCGCGCACUCCCCGCUCAGUCCCCGCGCCGCGCGCCUCCUCCGGCCACCGCCGCCGCACCGGCCCGACGCCCGGCCCGACGCCUCGCCUGCUCCGCCCGCCUCCCGCCCCGGGCCCUGCCGCGGCCGCCCCGACCCGGCCAGAGGGGACGCCGCCCAGCGCCGCGGCUGUCGCCCGGCACCGCGCCCGCACCGUCGUCGCCCGCCACCAUGGGGCUCCUGCCCAAGCCAGGCGCGCGACAGGGCAGCCGCGCCUCCUCGGACUCAGCCGGCCGCUGCUCCCGCUCCUUCUUCGGCAACAUUAAGGUGUUCGUGCUCUGCCAUGGCCUCCUGCAGCUCUCCCAGCUCCUGUACAGCGCCUACUUCAAGAGCAGCCUCACCACCAUCGAGAAGCGCUUUGGCCUCUCCAGUUCUUCCUCGGGUCUCAUUUCCAGCUUGAAUGAGAUCAGCAACGCCAUCCUCAUCAUCUUCGUCAGCUACUUUGGCAGCCGGGUGCACCGUCCACGGCUGAUUGGCAUUGGGGGUCUCCUCCUAGCUUCGGGUGCCUUCAUCCUCACCCUCCCACACUUCCUCUCAGAGCCCUACCAGUACACCGUGGCCAGCAUCGGGAACAGCAGCCUCCUCCACACCGAGCUCUGUCAGAAGCAUUGGCAGGACCUGCCCCCCAGUAAGUGCCACAGCAGCACCCAGGACACCCGGAAGGAAACCAGCAGCAUGUGGGGUCUCAUGGUGGUCGCCCAGCUGCUGGCAGGCAUUGGGUCAGUGCCCAUUCAGCCGUUCGGGAUCUCCUACGUGGACGACUUCUCGGAGCCCAACAACUCGCCCCUGUACAUCGCGUUAAUUAACUUGAGCCCUGGAGACCCCCGAUGGAUUGGAGCCUGGUGGCUGGGCCUGCUCAUUUCCUCGGCCUUCUUGAUUUUCACCUCCUUCCCCUUUUUCUUCUUUCCUCGCACAAUGUCCAGAGGAGUGGAGACGUCUACUGCCAUGACAGACGAGGCGAUGAAGAUGACGGUCAAGCCAAGAAGCUCUCUGGUGGAUUUCAUUAAACGGUUUCCCCGCAUCUUCCUGAGGCUCCUCAUGAACCCUCUUUUCAUGCUCGUGGUCCUGGCUCAGUGCACCUUCUCCUCCGUCAUCGCCGGCCUCUCCACAUUCCUCAACAAGUUCCUGGAGAAGCAGUAUGGUGCCUCCACAGCCUAUGCCAACUUCCUCAUCGGUGCUGUGAACCUCCCCGCCGCAGCCUUGGGGAUGCUGUUUGGAGGAAUCCUCAUGAAGCGUUUUGUGUUCUCUCUGCAAACCAUCCCCCGGCUGGCUACCACCAUCAUGACCAUCUCCAUUAUCCUAUGUACCCCUCUCUUCUUCAUGGGAUGCUCCACCCCAGUCGUGGCGGAGGUCUACCCACCUAGCACAUCAAGUUCUAUACACCCACAGCCUCCUGCCUGCCGCAGGGACUGCUCGUGCCCCGACUCCAUCUUCCACCCGGUCUGUGGAGACAAUGGGGUAGAGUACCUCUCCCCAUGCCACGCUGGCUGCAGGCACAUCAACGUCAGCACCGUAACCUCCAAGCAACGGAUCUAUUUGAACUGCAGCUGUGUGACCGGGGGAUCUGCUUCAGCAAAGUCAGGAUCGUGCCCCAUCCCCUGCGCCCACUUCCUGCUCCCGUCCAUCUUCCUCAUCUCCUUCGUGUCCCUCAUCGCCUGCAUCUCCCACAAUCCCCUCUACAUGAUGGUCCUGCGCGUGGUGAACCAGGAAGAAAAGUCGUUUGCCAUUGGGGUACAGUUCUUGCUAAUGCGCCUGCUGGCCUGGCUGCCCUCUCCAGCCCUCUACGGCCUCACCAUCGACUACUCCUGCAUCCGGUGGAACUUGCAAUGCUCAGGGCGGCGAGGGGCCUGCGCCUACUACAACAACGAUGCUCUCCGAAACAGGUACCUGGGCCUGCAGGUGGGCUACAAGGUGCUGGGCACGCUGCUGCUCUUCUUCAUCAGCUGGCGGGUGAAGAAGAACAAGGAGUACAACGUGCAGGAGAAGGCCUCGGGCCUCAUCUGAGCGCCUCAUCGGAACCUUGGCCCUUGCCUGGCACUUCUGGCUCCAGAGCGUGGACCUGCCCUUCCAUGCCUGCCUGUAUUUACUAAUAUUCAUAUGUCAUUUCCUUUUUGUUUUUUAAAUAAGAAAACAGCCCCAGUCACCAUUUGCCUUCCCUGCCUCCUCCCAAAGGCUCCCACUCAGGCUUACUGUGCUCCUGGGCUGGGUGGGCACAGAGCUGCAGGGCGGGGUCUUCACUGGCUCCUUGGGAGGGACCCACAUGCCCACGUGCCCCUCAGUGCUGGGUCCUCCAGAGAGGAUGCCCCCGGGGCAGCCCUGACCAGUCCUGUGGGGAGGGAAUGGAGGGUCCUAAGUGGAGAGAUAAGGGGUAUCUACCCAGAGAAAGGAGGGAGUGGGCUGAGUGGGCUAGGGGAUGGGGGAGCCUGCCUGUAGCCCCCUUUGCAUCUGGGUUCAGCAUCAGCACAGAACACAAACAGGGCCGGCUCCCCUGCUCUCAGACCCUCCUUCCUGCCCCCAGAGGCCAUUGGGGAGCUGCCAUGUUGGGAAGUUCAGCCAGCUGGUCCCCUCCAGUUACCACACUCAGGCACUAGAGCAGGGACCCAGACACCCAAGGAUAGGCCAUCCAGAUACUGUCCACGUUAAUUCUAGGCCCUUCUGUACCUGGGCCCGUGCCUGUUUGUCUCUGUCUUUCUGGGGGGAUAUUUCAAACUAUGAAAGCCACACCACCGUGAAGACCCAAGGAAGGCUGUGCAAUGGUCCUGCUGCCCAGCCCCCCACCCCCACAGUGUGGGGACAAGACCCCUCAUCUCAGACGGGUGGGAAGACCCUCUGCCCGUUUCCCUGGGAGCAGAUGAGGCAGCUUCCUACGGGCUUCCCUGUCCGAACUUCAGAUGCCACAGAAUAAAGAGAGGCAGCCCAGAUGUCAGCAAAGCCGGUGACAAAGCUGAGGGAAGGUCCAAAGCUGCCAAGCUGGGUGGUGAGCUGCAGCCCACAAAACAGAGGCUGGCGAGGUGGACUUCCGUGGUUUCACACACACUUGUUUUCAUCAAUGUUUUCUGGCCUCAUCUCACUGCCUCCAGAGGUGGCGCCCUCUAUGGCCUGAGUCGAUACUGCAGCCGUGCGGUAGAGGUUCAGCGUUAGAGCCAACACAGGAGGCCUUCCAGCCACAAAUAUAUGUGUUGGACUUCCAGCCCGGCAGUGCUAGUACAGGGUUCUCCACCGAGCUUCACUGGGAUCCCACCUGCCCUCUCUCCAUCCACACGAGGGCUUCCUCCCAGAGUGUGCAGCGGGGGGAACGGGGAAGGCACAGCAAAAAUCCGGAGAUUGUCAACAGGAUCUUGGCCGUCCAUGGUGCCCAGACUGACCCUGCGCGUGUCCUCUGGGCAGCUGGGCACUGGUCACUGCCACAUGUGCAUCUCUUAAGGCCACUCCUCAUGGAAGACUCUUCCAGGAACAUAUCAGAAGCGACCUCUGCAAAGGCCAGAAAAUUGUGUCAAUGGCCAAACUGCCAGGAGACUGAACUCGGUGAAAGCCACGAUCACAGCAGCCUUAUUUCCAAAGCCACCAGCCUUAUUUCCAAGACCUCACUCAGGAAGGGAGGCUCCACACAACCUCGGGGGCCAGGUUCAGCAUUUAAAGUGGUCCUGCUUGGAAAAUGAUUCCCUGCAACUAACACUGGUCUUUCUUGCCACAAUUUAAGCUCUGAAGGCACUGCCGUCUGCUGAGUUCAUGAACAGCGAAUGCCAACCUUCAGAUUCUGGAAGAUCAGUCGCCCUCCCAAGCCUUUAUUCUAUGGUGAUGUUGCUAUUAAUAUAUUAUAAUUUUGCUAUUGACGUAA